AUGGAAAAAAAAUUCCAUGUAACAAGAGCAUCUAGAGUACAAUUUCAAGUUACACAAGAAAAUAAGGGGGACUUUGUGCUAGACUUACCAAACAAAAAUUUCACUUGUAGGUGGUUUCAGUUGAAUGGUAUCCCUUGCGCUCAUGCAGUGGCAUCCAUCUGGAAAAUGGGGCUGAAUAUGCUUGAUUGUGUUGAUGCUUACUACAAGCAUGAUGCCUUUAUUAAAGCAUAUGAAAGUGUUGUGGAGCCUAUGCCAAGUCCUUAUAAGUGGCUAUUAAGCAAUAAACCCAUCCUUCCACCUCCACAAUACAAAAAUCCUGGAAGACCAAAAAAGUUCAAGAAGUGA